CAUUUAGGUUUUCGUCUUUAAUCUCUCCCUCUCUCUCUUCUUUCUCUCGGUGCAGUCUCCAUUUACUGAAGCUCUGAUAGACAAGAGCUGAAUCUUCGUGAAGAUGGCUUUGGCCUUCGAUGAUUAUGGGAGGCCAUUCAUAAUCUUGAGAGAACAAGAACAGAAAAGUAGGUUAAAAGGUUUAGAUGCGCAGAAAUCUAACAUUGCUGCUGGUAAAGCUAUUGCACGUAUACUAAGAACUUCUCUUGGUCCUAAAGGCAUGGAUAAAAUCAUGCAAUCUCCAGAUGGAGAUAUCACAAUCACAAAUGAUGGAGCUACAAUCUUGCAAAUGAUGGACGUUGACAAUCAAAUAGCAAAACUGAUGGUUGAAUUAUCCCAGAGUCAGGACUAUGAAAUUGGUGAUGGAACAACUGGAGUUGUCGUUAUGGCUGGUGCACUUUUGGAACAAGCUGAAAAGUUACUAGAGCGUGGUAUUCAUCCUGUUAGGGUUGCAGAAGGUUAUGAGAUGGCAUCUAAAGUUGCUGUUGAGCAUUUGGAACAUAUAUCUCACAAGUUUACUUUUGGUGCUAACAACAUUGAACCUUUGGUGCAGACUUGCAUGACUACCUUAUCAUCGAAAAUUGUCAAUCGCUGCAAAGGAAGUUUAGCCGAGAUUGCUGUUAAAGCAGUUUUGGCUGUUGCAGAUCUGGAAAGGAAGGAUGUCAAUUUAGACUUGAUUAAAAUAGAGGGGAAGGUAGGGGGGAUGCUGGAAGACACUGAGCUAAUUUAUGGAAUUAUAGUUGAUAAGGAUAUGAGCCAUCCCCAGAUGCCAAAACAAAUUCAAGAUGCACACAUUGCUAUCUUGACUUGCCCGUUUGAGCCUCCAAAACCCAAGACUAAGCAUAAGGUUGACAUUGACACGGUUGAGAAGUUCGAAACUUUGCGUCUACAGGAGAAGAAAUACUUUGAUGAUAUGGUCCAAAAAUGCAAGGAUGUUGGUGCAACACUAGUUAUCUGCCAAUGGGGUUUUGAUGAUGAGGCAAAUCAUUUAUUGAUGAAUCGGAACUUGCCUGCUGUUAGAUGGGUUGGUGGAGUAGAACUAGAGCUCAUUGCAAUAGCUACAGGUGGAAGGAUUGUGCCAAGGUUCCAAGAGUUAACAACUGAAAAAUUGGGGAAGGCUGGGUUAGUUAGAGAGAAAUCCUUUGGUACAACCAAAGAUCGAAUGCUCUACAUUGAGCAGUGUGCGAAUUCGAGGGCGGUCACUAUCUUCAUCCGCGGUGGUAACAAAAUGAUGAUAGAGGAGACGAAACGUAGCAUUCAUGACGCUCUAUGUGUGGCGAGGAAUCUAAUUCGCAACAACUCAAUUGUAUACGGUGGUGGAUCAGCAGAGAUAUCCUGCUCUGUUGCAGUAGAGGCAGCUGCGGAUAAGUAUCCUGGAGUUGAGCAGUAUGCUAUAAGGGCAUUUGCAGAUGCUUUGGAUGCUGUCCCCAUGGCAUUGGCAGAGAAUAGUGGACUCCAACCCAUUGAAACUCUUACUUCAGUCAAAUCUCAGCAGAUCAAGGAGAACAACCCAUGCUGCGGGAUAGACUGCAAUGAUGUCGGAACAAAUGACAUGCGCGAACAGAAUGUUUUUGAGACACUGAUUGGUAAGCAACAACAGCUCUUACUUGCCACCCAGGUUGUCAAGAUGAUUCUGAAGAUUGAUGAUGUCAUUAGCCCGUCAGAGUAUUGAUUUAUCAAUCUCUAUUAUAGAUCUCCAACCAUAGCUUGCGUUACCUUAGAUAACUUUUUGUGGGAGAUAGAAUUCAUGAGUUUUCAACUUCACACAACUCUGUUACUAAUAGAUUUUGAUGAGAACCACUCCUUACAGGCUUUUCUUCAUUAUGCCCAUUGUUAGGUUUUUGAGUUGUUUAUUAGUUGUAGAAGUACUUAAUAUGGCUUUGUGUGCCGUGGAAUGUUAACUUCCGAUUUUGUGGUUUUUAGCCCUUUUCUAUUUGUAACUAUUCUCUCUUGAGAGUUUCCA